AUGCCCUACGAUUACAUUAUCACUGAUGCAGAAGAAAACUUAGGCACUCAGAUCAGGGGAACUUCAACCAUGGCAAACAAGGGUCCAUCUUAUGGGAUGAGCCGCCAGGUGCAGGAUAAAAUCGAGCAGAAGUACGACCCUGAGCUGGAGGUGCGUUUGGUGGAGUGGAUCGUGACUCAGUGCGGCUCUGGGGUUGGAAAACCAGAGGCUGGAAAACUGGGCUUCCAGACCUGGCUCAAAGACGGAUGUACGAAAAGACAAACGGAGCUCAGUGAGGAAUUCAGCAAAUGUGCUGAUGAUCUCCUGAUUUCUGACACAGGAGACUGUAAAAUUAUCCCUAAUGCUACUGGUCACAAUUCACUUGCUUGUGCAAAAGAGCUGUGCUUUAAUCAUGCUGCUGCUGCUGUGACGUCAGGAAAGGACUUGGCCGCGGUGCAGAGGACACUCAUGGCUCUGGGCAGCAUCGCCGUUACUAAAGAUGAGGGCAGCUUCCGCGGAGAUCCCAGCUGGUUCUUCAAGAAAGCUCAGGAGAACCGGAGAGGUUUCUCUGAAGGCCAGCUGAAAGAAGGGAAGAAUGUCAUAGGCCUGCAGAUGGGAUCCAAUAAAGGGGCGACCCAGUCUGGCAUGACAGGCUACGGCAGACCUCGACAGAUCAUGAACCCAUGAGUCCUUCCCUCGGUUCCCCGAGCAUCACUGCAUCCCAACCGCUGGACUCCAAUUGUUCAAAAUAUGACCAGAAGGACAGCGUAAUAAAUAUAAAUAUAGAAUAACACCACUCUGUACUAAACCAAGUUUCCAUAUCCAGUGUCAAUCCCUGCUUCUGGAACGUAUCUGGUCAAAUUAAAAUUCUUUGUUGAGCAGAAUUUUGCAUUUCAUCUGAGUGCAACAUGACAGAUUGUGCGGUCUAAUAAAGCAAUAAGCCCCAA